GAAAAAAAAAAAAAAGCCCUAGAGUAACCAUCCGCGCCCCCUUGGCGUCAACGUCUUCUCCCCUCCUCCCGGUCCUCCGCUCCUCGGGCCCUCGGAGCCGCGCGAGGGAAGCCCGGGGUGGCCAGCUCCGCCGUCGGGGCGCGCGCCGCCGAGCCCCGGCCGCCCCGGGCCACCCCCGCCCGCCGCCCCCAUGCAUCCCUUCUACAGCCGGGCUGCCACCAUGAUCGGCGAGAUCGCUGCGGCCGUGUCCUUCAUCUCCAAGUUCCUCCGCACCAAGGGGCUCACGAGCGAGCGGCAGCUGCAGACCUUCAGCCAGAGUCUGCAGGAGCUGCUGGCAGAACAUUAUAAACACCACUGGUUCCCAGAAAAGCCUUGCAAAGGAUCGGGUUACCGUUGCAUCCGCAUCAACCAUAAAAUGGAUCCUCUGAUUGGCCAGGCGGCCCAGCGCAUCGGACUGAGCAGUCAGGAGCUGUUCCGGCUUCUCCCCAGCGAACUCACCCUCUGGGUGGACCCCUACGAAGUGUCCUACCGGAUCGGGGAGGACGGCUCUAUCUGUGUGCUGUACGAAUCCUCACCGGCCGCCGGGAGCGCUCCAGGCGGCUCCUCCAACGUGCAAAUGGUAGACAGCAGAAUCAGCUGCAAGGAGGAACUUCUCUUGGGCAGAACCAGCCCUUCCAAAAACUACAAUAUGAUGACUGUAUCAGGUUAAGAUAUAGUCUUAUUGGAUGGAUCACCUUAUAAUGGAUCGAUAAAUUUGAUUUUUGCUUUGGGUGGGGCUCUUAGGGAUGGAUUAUGGAGUUUAAACCAUGUUACAGCUGUGAAGAUCUGGCACAAGAUAGAGUGGUAAAAAUAACAUUUUUUAAAAAGUGACAGUGCCAUAGUUUCGACAGUACCUUUCAAUGAUUUACUACUAGCCUGUGAGUCCAAGUCAGUGAGAACUUAAAAUUUUACUAGGGAGUGGAAAUCCUAGGGUGUUGCAGUCUCUCGCAGACACUGUAGUGAAAUUUUGACAUCAGUCCCCCCUUUUAACAGCAGAUCUGUAUUUGGAAGAAAGUCCCUUUUCCCUGCAGCAGAUCUUGGCAGAGGGAAAUUGCACAAUGACACUUGAAAAUUGUUGACAUUUUUUUGGCAGCUCAAUAGGAAAACUUCAAUAUUUUAAAAGUGGUAGUACUGGAAAUUUUCUGAUAAGACUUUUACCUAGCACUUAAAUAUGUAUAAAUGUACAUAAGACAAACUAGUAAGCAUGACCUGGGGAAAUGGUCAGACCUUGUAUUGUGUUAUUUUUGGCCUUGAAAGUAGCAAGUGACCAGAAUCUGCCAUGGCAACAGGCUUUAAAAAAUUAAUAAUUAAAAAAAAAAUCCUUCAAAAGACACUGUCUCAACUGUGGUGUUAGCACCAGCCAGCUCUGUACAUUUGCUAGCUUGUAGUUUUCUAAGACUAAGUAAACUUCUUAUUUUUAGAAAGUGGAGGUCUGGUUUGUAACUUUCCUUGUUCUUAAUUGGGUAAAAGUCUUUUCCACAAACCACCAUCUAUUUUGUGAACUUUGUUAGUCAUCUUUUAUUUGGUAAAUUAUGAACUGGUGUAAAUUUGUACAGUUCAUGUAUAUUGAUUGUGGCAAAGUUGUACAGAUUUCUAUAUUUUGGAUGAGAAAUUUUUCUUCUCUCUAUAAUAAAUUGUUUCUUAUCUUGGCA